CUUCCACCAGCGCAGCACUUCCGGGUUGAAAGAAAGGUGGCGACUCGCUCAGAUGGAAUAAAAUGGAGGAAGAGUCGAGCAGGUUUGAAAUCCGCACGCCGGUUCUUGCCAAGAAAAAGAAAAAGAAAAAGCAUUGCUCGUCCAAGGAGGGACAUCAGAAGCGUUGCCGUGAGAGGCUCGGCGACUCGGCGCUGGCGGGCGGGCAGCCCGAGCUAACCAGGAGCAGGAAGCGGAGACAGGAUUCCGAGCAGCUCCUUUCCCCUCCUCCAAAGAAAUCCAGAAUCUGUGAGGGGACUGGGAAGGCCGCCCCUGGAUCCAAAAAACAUAAAAGGAGAAAAAACAGCGCUUUAGGGGCGGGCGAGGAAGCAAGUGCUACACAGGACCCUGCGGAUAAGGAAAAUGUCGGGGACACAGGGAGGCGUUUCAGGGAGGGUGGCGAUUUCGGCUGCGCUGGUGAGAGCAAGAGGAAAAAGCAGGCAGCCAGGGAGCGGGAUGUGGAUUUCGGCUGCGCUGGUGAGAGCAAGAGGAAAAAGCAGGCAGCGUCCGAGCAGGAAGCAGAGGCGCCGCGUGCAGUUCCCCGGGCGCACGCCCGUCAUCACAAAGUCAGGAGGAAAAAGCAUAAAGACCGUCCCGGGGAAGCUGCUUCCCCCGACGCCGGCCGGGGGAGCCGGCACGCGAGCCUCACGCUGCCCCACGCGGAGUCAGAGGGGCAGGAGGCCCUGCUUUCCCCCAGCGCAGAUGGGGAAGGUGCAGAGCUGCCAGGCUCUGUGAGCAAGCACAGGUCGAAGAAGAGAAAGAAGAAACGCAGGAACCCGCAACUGGAGGCACCGCCCGGGCCUGCGCGUCCUGGGGAGGCGUCCCCUGCAAGGCCGAAGAAAGCGGCCAGCAAGGCCGGGGCGGCGGAAAGCGGUGAUGUGCUUGUGGGGGUCCAGGCGCCCCACAGGGGGAAGAAAAGGUCGAAGAAAAAGCGGCACAGCUCCGAGGGCGGUGCGGCAGCGGCCGGCGACAGGUUUCCACGGCCCACCGGGGACUCUGAGGAGGCGCCGGCUGAGUCCCCGCAGGGGGACGGUGCCACGGGCAGAGAACGUGUGAAACACAGGCCGCGAGAGGAGAAGACCCAGGCCCGCUCCAGAAAGAAGCACGUGGAAGCAGUGCGUAGGUUCGAACCUGCAGAUGAAGAGGAGGCUACCUGGGAGCCAGCUGCUGAUCCUGACGAGAGCUGCUCGCCUGGAGCCGGGAGGGACGCGCGGGACCCCGAGGUGGACCUGGACUACGCCGUGCAGCAGCUCCGGGAGUUCAUUCCUGACAUCCAGCGCAGGGCGGCCGCCACCAUUCAGCGCAUGUACCGGGAUGACCUGGAGCGCUUCCGGGAGUUUAAGGCGCAAGGUGUCGCUAUUAAAUUUGGUAAGUUUUCUGCGAAGGAGAACAAGCAGUUAGAGAAAAACGUGGAGGAAUUUCUGUCGCUGACGGGAAUUGAGAGCGCAGACAAACUGCUGCACACAGACAGAUACCCAGAGGAGAAGGCCAGGGUCACCAGCUUAAAGAGAAGACACGCGUUCCGAGUGCACAUCGGUAAGGGUAUCGCCCGGCCCUGGAAACUCGUGUACUACCGAGCGAAGAAGAUGUUCGAUGUCAACAAUUACAAAGGCAGGUACAGCAAAAGAGAUACCGAGAAGUUGAAGAAAUACCACACUCUCCACGGAAACAACUGGAAGAAGAUUGGCGAGAUGGUGUCCCGGAGCAGCCUGUCCGUGGCCCUGAAGUUCUCCCAGAUCAGCAGCCAAAUAAAUCAUGGUGCUUGGAGUAAGACGGAAACCCAGAAACUAAUCAAGGCUGUCAAGGAAGUGAUUUUAAAGAAAAUGUCUCUCCAGGAGUUAGAAGAGGUGGAUUCUAAACUGCAGGAAAAUCCUGAAAGGCGCCUGUCAAUUGUGCGGGAAAAGCUCUACAAGGGCAUAUCUUGGGUAGAAGUGGAAGCUAAAGUGGAAACCAGAAAUUGGAUGCAGUGUAAAAGUAAGUGGACCGAGAUCCUAACCAAGAGGAUGAACCACGGUCAGGACAUUUACCGCGGCGUGAACGCCCUGCAGGCCAAGAUCAAGCUCAUCGAAAGGUUGUAUGAAAUAAAUGUGGAAGAUUCUAAUGAAAUAGACUGGGAAGAUCUUGCUGCUGCCAUAGGUGACGUCCCUCCGUCUUUCGUACAAACUAAAUUUUAUAGGCUGAAGGCCACCUGUGUUCCGUUUUGGCAGAACAAGACUUUCCCAGAGAUCAUCGACUACCUUUACGAGACCAGUCUACCCCUGCUGAAAGGAAAGUUGGAGAAGAAGCUGGCGAGAAAGGGCCGAGCAGUGCAGGCGCCCGCGGCACCCAGGCAGGUGUUCCUGUUCCGCGACAUCUUCUACUACGACGACGACAGCGAGGGGGAAGACCCGGAGGAACAGGGCUGAGCGGAGGCCGCCGCUCCCGGUCCCAGUCCCGGUCCUGCAGCCGCGUGCCUCCCGCACGUGCUGCGUGAGCGCCGCGACGUUCAGUGUUGGCGUUUGUUAGGUUGCCCUGCACACCGGUCAGACGUGUGAAAUGAUAACUUCCAUUGUGGUGCUUUGAAAAUUUACUAGCGUUUCUACUUAUGUUUGUUGCAGUGUGAAAAAAAGAAAAGCGUAUAUUUUUGUAUGAUUUUGUAUGAAAAUAAUUACAACUCGUAGUUUUAUAAAACAAAAACUGCCUGAUUGCAGCGAAGGGUGGA